CAGCCUCAGCCUCAGCCUCAGUCAGGACCCAAAACAUCUAAACCGCAGUUGCCGUGUUAGCAUUAGCUACCACACUGAAAAACUAAGAGGACUUUACAGAUUGGACGGGAAAUACCAACAUGGCUGUGUCACCAGCGGUCACAGCGUUGUGUGAGAAUCCAAACGAAGUCUUCCUGGACGUCGCCAAGUUGUUACUGACAUAUGCGGACAAUAUUUUAAGGUCUCCCAAUGAGGAAAAGUACAGGUCGAUCCGCAUAGGGAAUCCGACGUUCUCCACCAAGCUGUUGCCCAUCAAAGGAGCUGUGGAAUGUCUCUUCGAGAUGGGAUUUGAGGAGGCUGAGACCCACUUGGUGUUCCCCAAGUCUGCAUCAGUGGAGCAGCUGAGGCUCAUCAGGGAAUCCAUAGCAGCAGAGAGGGAUCAGAGGCUGCAAGGAGGACAGCUCGUCCGACCAACUGCUCAGGCCGCCUCAGCCUCAGCUUCAGCUUCAGCUUCAGCUUCAGCCUCAACCGUGGCCUCAGCCACAGCCCCAACCCCAGCUCCAGCGAGCUCUGCUGCUGCUACCUCCAUCCAGCCAGUUUCACAACCUCCAUCACAGCCAUCAUCCUUGGAGAGCAGUAUGAGCUUCUUUGUGACUCUCCAGUCUAAUUUCCAACAUGUGAUGCUGUAUGAAAACGCCGAGCUGCAGCAGAAAGCUAGGAGCCACAUCCCUCACCAGCAGCUGUCCUCGGCUGCUCAGCUCAAGCUGAAGGAGGCUAAAGAUGCCGACCCAGAAUGUAAACUUGGAAUAGAAGACUUCCUGGUGCUGGAGUUACUCAGGUGGUUCAAACAGGAUUUCUUCUCCUGGGUGGACUCUUUGCCCUGCAGCCGCUGUGGAGGUUCGACCCAGAACGCCAGCUCCCUCAGUCCCAGCACUGACGACCUCCGCUGGGGAGCUCAGCGAGUGGAGGACCAUUACUGUCAGGCCUGCAGCCUCUCCACCAGAUUCCCAAGGUACAACAAUCCUGAGAAGCUGCUAGAAACCAGGAGGGGGCGCUGUGGGGAGUGGGCUAACUGUUUCACCCUGUGCUGCAGAGCCCUUGGCCUUGAGGCCAGGUACAUCUGGGACAGCACAGACCACGUGUGGACAGAGAUCUACUCGGUCUCUCAGCGUCGCUGGCUCCACUGUGACUCGUGUGAGAACGUCUGCGAUCAGCCUCUGCUGUAUGAGGUCGGCUGGGGGAAGAAACUGGCCUAUGUUCUGGCUUUCUCCAAGGACCAGGUGGUGGAUGUGACAUGGAGGUAUUCCUGCAAACAUCCAGAGGUUUUGUCAAGAAGGACCAGUGUUCAAGAGGCCUGGCUGCUUCACACCAUUAAUGGGCUCAAUGCCUCAAGACAACAGUCCCUGAGUCCAGACCGGAUGAAGGACCUGACGGAGAGGCUGCUUGUCGAGCUGGUGGAGUUUAUUUCCCCCAAGAGGCCAAAACCAGGAGAGCUGGGAGGACGCAACUCUGGCUCUCUGGCCUGGAGGUUAGCGAGGGGGGAGACCAGAGCGGCUGAGCCAGGGACCUCAACACAGGCUGCAGGUUACGUGUUUACUCCUACUGAGAGAGAGAAGAGCGACAGGCUGCUGCAUGUGUGCUACAGUGCCACCAAAGACCAGUACUGUCGACUGUCAGACGGCUCUGAGGUCACUCAGAGCUGGGAUCAGUGCGCCUGGAGGACGGAGUCCGUCUUCAGAAAGGUGGAGCAGGACUGGCAGAUGGUGUACAUAGCUCGAACAGAAGGCUCCUCUGUGGGACGAAUCAGCUGGAAGUUUGAUUUUGCUCCAGUGGGAAUGAAGAUAAAGUCUGUCUCGAUCAUGGCCAGUAGCCAGACCUUCCAAACGGGGAAAGUCUGCUGGCACUUGCAGUCAGACAAGAUUACUACAGAAUACUCUGGAGAUGGGAAGAUGCAGUCGUUCUCUACUCUGUCCGGCUCUUCAGACUUCAUCGUUGUAGCAGAACUCAGUGGUGGAGAGGGGGAAACAUCGUGGCAGCACUCUCAGCUGUUCAGACGGAGCAUGAAGGAGACAGAGGGGCCUUCAUUUGAAAUCCUCGUUCACCUGGAAGAUGCUGAACAGUCGUUGUGCUCAACAAAACUGGACCCCUAAUACUUUUUCACUCUUGUCUGCUCUGACAAGUUCAGAGCGAACUGUUUGAAUCAUAGUUUGAGCUCUAGAAUUGAUGUAAGUUUACAAAUCAGUGCAAUAUGUGUUGUUCAUCCAAGAUGAUUAAAUAUGCAUGAUCUAAUGAUAGAUGAAUGACAACCUGAGUUUUGUACCUUUGAUCGGACCGAGGGCCAAAUCACCUAGGAGACAUGCAGUCUACGAUAUAGCUGUGCAGAGUUUUAGCCAUAAAGCCAUAGAGUUUUGUAACAUAUGCCUCCACUGUGAAUGUGUCUGUAGUUUGUGAUGCAUGGACACAUUUCACACAGCAAACCAGUGUUGAAACCUCCAUCUCCUGCUUGUUAGGGUCCCAUACCUGAAGGGACAGAACCAUAUUGUUUUUGCUCCCAUUACUCUUAUUUUUCUUCAUUACAAGCAUUCACGCAGCAAAAACAAAAAGUCCAUCCCCUUCUCCUCAAGGUGGCGCUGUAAGGAUCAAUUUUAGGUUUUUGCAAUUAUAUCAAAAAUGGCUCGGCCUAGUCAAAAUUCUUUUGCCAUUUUACUCUCUUGAUUCAUCUGCAUAUUUUCUCAAAAAAAAAAAAAUUCAAAU